GCCGAGCACUAGGGGGCCGGCUGGGGAGGCGGCACAUCCGGCGGCUGACUCGUCGUGUAUAAAGCCGAGGCCGCGGCAGGCAGCGUCCAGCAGUAGCCCUGGGCUCUUUUCGGCUGCGGGAGCCGCUGCUCCAAUGCCCCACAGCGGCCAUGAGCAUCCCACACUGGUGGGACCAGCUGCGGGCCGGCAGCUCGGAGGUGGAUUGGUGCGAGGACAGCUACACCAUCGUGCCUGCCAUCGCCGAGUUCUACAACACGAUCAGCAACGUCUUAUUUUUCGUUUUACCGCCCAUCUGCAUGUGCUUAUUUCGCCAGUACGCAACAUGCUUCAACAGUGGGAUCUACCUAAUAUGGACGCUCUUAGUUGUAGUGGGAAUUGGAUCCGUCUACUUCCAUGCAACCCUAAGUUUCUUGGGUCAGAUGCUCGAUGAACUUGCAAUCCUUUGGGUUCUGAUGUGUGCUCUGGCCAUGUGGUUCCCCAGAAGGUAUCUACCAAAGGUCUUUCGGAAUGACAGGGGCAGGUUCAAGGCGGUGGUCUGCGUCCUUUCUGCUGUUACGACUUGCCUGGCGUUUGUCAAGCCCGCCAUCAACAACAUCUCUCUGAUGACCCUCGGGGUUCCUUGCACUGUGCUGCUCAUUGCAGAGCUAAGAAGGUGUGACAACGUGCGUGUCUUCAAGCUGGGCCUCUUCUCCGGCCUCUGGUGGACCCUGGCGCUCUUCUGCUGGAUCAGUGACCGAGCCUUCUGUGAGCUGCUUUCGUCCUUCCACUUUCCCUACCUGCACUGUGUGUGGCACAUUCUCAUCUGCCUUGCUGCCUACUUGGGCUGUGUAUGCUUUGCCUACUUUGAUGCUGCCUCCGAGAUCCCCGAGCAGGGCCCUGUCAUCAAGUUCUGGCCCAGCGAGAAAUGGGCCUUCAUCGGCGUCCCCUACGUGUCGCUCCUGUGUGCCAGCAAGAAAUCACCGGUCAAGAUCACGUGAUGGCAAGGCCGUGGCUGGCUUCUCUGCUUGUUUUCCCUCCUGCACUGGGCUUCGCUUGCCGGCAAAGACAGCCGGUGGUUUGUAGAGUUGGGGGUAGGGUCUGUCUUC